AUGUCAGAGGCACAGACUUUGUGUGGACAUUUCACCAUGCACAGGACAUGGCAUCCUCUGAAGCAAUCUGGCUGCAUCAUCCCAGAUGGCUUUCAUGAAAAUAGUUUCUUGACACGGAUGCCAUUGAUGAACAGCUCCAGGGAAUACUUUACACAUAACUUCUGGGGACUCACAAGAGGCUUUCAUGAAAGCCAGAAUUUCAACAUGGCAGAUGCUUCAAGGAUGUACCUUUUGACUUUAACAAUCCUUCUCCAGCUUCCCCUCCUUGUCAGGUCCUUGGCUGGCACUAGCUGCUUUUCAACAAUGAAGCACCGAGCACACAUGGGUGGAGAUGUGAUGAUCGCUGGGUUUUUCCCUCUCUACACUUUGGGAAUGGAUGAUAGUAACAGCCAUGCUUCCAGCCAAGAAGAGAACAAACCGUCUAUCUUCAAGAACUAUCAGCUUAUUUUGGCCUUAGUUUUUGCUAUUGAGGAGAUCAACAAAAACCCUGAUCUUUUACAUAACUUGACUCUGGGAUUUGAUAUCUAUGAUGUUUACGUUGGAGCUCGGAGAAUAUUCAAGAAUCCCUUCAUUUGGCUCUUUGGAAAGUACAAGAUUCCAAACUACUCCUGUAUAAGAGACACCACAUCUGUAGCAGUACUUACAGGACCAUUAGGAAUAACAUCAGCCCAGAUUGGGACACUGCUAGACCUCUACAGAUUUCCACAGCUUACCUUUGGGCCUUUUGAUCAGGCCCUGAGUGACCAUAACAAGUUUCCUGCUCUCUAUCAGAUGGCACCAAAGGACACAUCAAUAGCCACUGCCAUGGUCUCCUUACUGCUUUACUUCAGCUGGAGCUGGGUUGGACUGUUGACCUCACAAGAUGAGAAUGGUUUGUGGGUUCUUGCUGAAUUGAAAGAAGAGAUGGCCAAGAACAGAGUUUGUGUAGACUAUGAGCUACUAAUCUCAAGCAAAGGACUGUCACAUAUAUUCAAAUUAAUGAAAGUUUAUAACCAGAUAAAUAAAUCUUCAGCAAAUGUCCUCAUCAUUUAUGGUGAUAAUGAAUCACUACUAGAUUUAAUUAUAUGUAUUGAGCAACUUUUAAUCAAAGGCAAAGUCUGUAUCAUGAACUCACAGUGGGAUUCAACCAUGAGAAAGAAGUAUUUCAUGCUAGGCUCAUUGCACGUACCUCUCAUUUUUUCACACCAUCAUGCAGAUGUUUCUGGAUUCACAGAUUUUAUCAAGGCAGUUAAGCCUGCCAAAUACCCAGAAGACUUUUUUCUUGCUAAGCUGUGGUUUCUCUUUUUUAAUUGCUCAGAUUCAGAGUCUGAAUGUGUAAUGUGGGAGAGCUGUUCUCAUGAUGCAUCUUUGGAUUGGUUGCCUGGGCAGGUUUUUGACAUGACUGUAUCUGGAGACAGUUACAAUAUAUACAAUGCAGUAUAUGCUGUGGCUGAGGCUCUCCAUAAGAUUCUUCUUCAUCAAACAGAAGUUCAAACAAUGGGAAAUGGAAAAGGGACUGUGCCUUCCCCUGCACAGCUUCACCCUUUCCUAAAGAACAUCCAAUUUUACAAUCCUUCUGGAGAUCAAGUGAUUUUGGAUGAUAAUAGGAAAUUGGAGCCACAGUAUGACAUUCUGAACAUUUGGAAUUUUCCAGAAGGUCUUGAACUUCAGGUUAAAGUAGGAAUGUUUUCUCCAUAUUCUCUACAUGGUAAUCAACUGUCUGUUUCUGAAGAUAUGGUAGAGUGGGCCACAGGAACUACUGAGACUCCUCGCUCUGUCUGCAGUGAGAGUUGUAGUCCUGGAUUUAGGAAAUCUCCUCAAGAGGGAAAAGCUGCCUGUUGCUUUGAUUGUAGCUCUUGCCCAGAAAAUGAGAUUGCAAAUGGGACAGAUAUGGACCAGUGUGUGAAAUGUGCGAAUCAUCAGUAUGCCAACACACAGAGAAACCAGUGCCUCCUGAGAACUGCAAGUUUCCUGGCUUUUGGAGAUCCCUUGGGCAUGGCUCUGGCUUGCCUGGCUCUCUGUUUCUCUAUGCUAACUGCUGCUGUUCUUGGAAUGUUUAUCAAACACCAUGACAACCCCAUUGUCAAGGCCAAUAACCGGACUCUCAGCUACAUCUUGCUCAUCUCCCUUAUCUUCUGUUUCCUCUGUUCCUUGCUCUUUCUUGGCCAUCCCAACACAGUCACCUGCAACCUGCAGCAGAUCACAUUUGGAAUUGUGUUCACUGUGGCUGUUUCCACAGUGUUGGCCAAAACAGUGACUGUGGUUCUGGCCUUCAAGGCCACUUCUCCAGGGAGAAGGAUGAGGUGGCUGCUGGUAUCAGGGGCUCCUAACCUCAUCAUCCCCAUCUGCACCCUCAUCCAGGUGGUGCUCUGUGGAGUCUGGCUGGGAACCUCUCCUCCCUUUGUGGACACAGAUGCACACUCUGAACAUGGCCACAUCAUCAUCCUGUGCAACAAGGGCUCCCUCACCGUCUUCUACUGUGUCCUGGGAUACCUGGGCUCUCUGGCCCUGGCCAGCUUCACUGUGGCUUUCCUGGCCAGGAACCUGCCUGACACCUUCAAUGAAGCCAAGUUCCUGACCUUCAGCAUGCUGGUGUUCUGCAGUGUGUGGCUCACCUUCCUGCCUGUCUGCCACAGUGCCAAGGGGAAGGUCAUGGUGGCUGUGGAGGUCUUCUCCAUCUUGGCCUCUGGUGCAGGGCUCCUAGGCUGCAUCUUUGCCCCAAAGUGCUAUAUCAUCUUGUUAAUGCCCAAUAGAAAUUCUUUGCAUGCUUUUAGGGAUAAAAGAAAACAAGCUCCUAGGGUUGAUUAG